GCAGGCCAGGCAAAACAAAUUGCCGUCAUGGUUUGUGUUGUAUCGCUUUUUGCUUGAUAUUUUCGAAUAAUUUAUUAUUUUAUAGUUUGUUUAUCGAAUUAAUUCAAACAGAACUAAGGCAGUUUUGAAAACUGAUCUUUCAUUUUUUUUAGACAAAAUGUGUUUAAGUUUUAUUGUUUGACUUAUUCUUUUCACGUUCAGUUUUAGCUGAAAAAGAAAAGAAAUAUUUUUUUUUGUAAUAUAUUCUAGUAAUUUUUUAUUCGAUUUUUCAAUACCUCUCGUAAAAUGUCUAAACGAAAUAUAUCAUUUACUAAACCUCCGGAACCGGAUUUUAUUAAAAAGAUGAAAGAUGCUAUUGGAUAUCAAGAACCAGCUACCGUUGAAACAAAGAGAGAAAUGCCUUCAUUUGAUGAAAAUAUGGAAGAAAGGGAAGAUGAAAAACCUGUUGUGGUUGUCUUGAAGCCUGGAGAUCUUACGGAAGAAGAACUCAAAGACCUAGAACUGAUGCGGGGUAAGAAGAUAAAAUUCUCUAAACCUACUAAAAAGGACAACGAAGAAAAAAAUUCGUUAGACUUUACUUCGAAAAAGAAGGAAGAGCUAAGUAAGAAAAUAGAUGCUGCAAAAGAGAAGACAAAAAGAGUGAAAAAUUCUAGUCUGUUGUCUUUUGAUGAAGACGAAGAUUAUUAAAAUCAUUACAUUCAUAAAUGUUUGAACUGUAAAUCCAUUUCUGAUUCAUAACAUUGAAUAAUCUUUUCAUAAUCAUUAUUAAAGUUUUG